AUGGCGAAUAACAACCUUUCGGUCAACGGCAAGACCGCUCGGGCAUUUACCGUGCGAGAGGUGACCCAGGAUCGUCGCUUCGGCAUGCGGUUCCAGGCGGGGGCACUCCAGGCGCUCCAGGAGGCUGCUGAGCAAUACCUCUCCGAGGUCUUCGCGGACUCGCAGGAACUUGCGGUCCACACGAAGUUGUUCGGAGGCAGGCUAUCGGCCGUUGCUGCGCGUGCUGGCGCAGCAGUUCCCUGUGGGCCCAGGUGCGACUGGGCCGCAAGAGUUUAG